AUGCCUUUCAAGCUUAAAGCCAUAUCCAAUUUCGAUGUGACGAAAGAUGAACGCGAUGGAAAAGUUCGUGAUGUAUGUGAUCAUGCUGUUUGGAGUCUUUCUUCAUGUAAACCAGGUCAUGGUAUCGACCAAUUGUUGAGUGAAUCUACUGAUACAUUUUGGCAAUCAGAUGGUCCACAACCACAUUGUGUUAAUAUACAAUUUCCCCGAAAAAUGGUUCUUUCAAAAUUAUGUUUAUACACUGAUUACAAAGUUGAUGAAAGUUAUACACCUAGUAGGUUGGCCAUACGAGUUGGGAAUACUAUACACGAUCUUAUCGAACUUCUAGAGGUGGAACUACAGGAACCUACUGGGUGGUCAGUGAUUCCACUAAACUGGCCUGAUGGAUCUCCGUUACGAACCUUUCUUUUACAGAUUGCCAUUUCAGCUAACCAUCAAAAUGGUCGUGACACACAUCUGCGUGCCAUCCGACUUCAUAGUCCUGUGGAAUGUCGUGGCUUAGACACCUUAGCGCCUUUUGUCAGUCGCGAAGGUCGUGCUUUCAUGACUAUUCGUUAGUUUUUAUUGUUUCUUCUAUCGUUUACUUAUAACUAAGUUAUAUUGUCAACUGCACUUCAAAUCAUUUGCAGUCAUAGGUUAUUAGUAAUACCUAGUGACUUUGGUUAAUUUUGUGGUUUCGGCUGUCAUAUUUGUGCACGUCACUGUAUUGGUUUAGAGCAAAUGGUUUGUUAAAUAUUUUAUAUUUGGUGAAGAUUUAACCAUAUCGGCAAUAAUCUACGGUGGUUCAUGACUAUUUAACCAUUAUCGCGAAGUAAUUAAUUUUUUUCUUCCACCUUUCAUUUCUAAAAGUUAAAUCUUUUUGAUCUUCGUCUCAUUUAAUAGUAUAUGGACAAAUAUCCACCAACACUUUCACGCCGAAAUUAUCUUAUGGAAAGUACAUUAACUUCAUCUACUAAGCUGGGUCUUUUAUCAGUUAGUGAUUUGAUCUUUCGUUGACGCAUUGUACAAGUUUUGGAAGUUUUUAUUUUUUGUUUUCUUCCCCUAUUUAAAAAAACAGCUAAUUUCCAACACACCUUUCGAGUCCUAAGUUCGUCGUUAGUUACCUUUUAUUCAAAGAUCUGUUAAAAGUAUCGGUAUCACAUAUAACAAAGUUCAUCCCUUGCGAAUAAUUCGCUACUAGCUGUUAUGAUAUGUGGUCUGUCAAUUCGCACGCGAUAAGUUCGCCGAUCGGAACACGAUUCAUACAAUCUUAGUACUCUGCUAAACCAAUGGCGUGUUGAGCAGUACGAGGAACCUAGAGUCAUUAUUAAACUAGACUUUACGUUAUCUUACGUGAAGGAAAACAAUAAAGAUACAGUUCAAGUGAUUUUGAUAAAGUGUCAGUAACACGCGUACACGUUACUCAGAUUGACUAUGAGCAACCAACAUUCACUCCAGAGUGAGGAAUGACGGUUUCGAAGGUACUCAAAUAACACGUAUGUAAGUGCCCUCAAACUAACUCAACCUCCAUACUGUAUCCAUAAUUCAAGACUGUGUUAAUCCAUUGCAGUCUGACAGAUUUGUAGGGUAAGAUGUUUCACCAAUGAUACAUCUUGGGUGCCUGGUCCUACGUUGUAGCUGACUGACUGACUGAAUGAUACAUCCUAUCAGUCCUAUGGAAUUCAUGAAUACACAGGUUAAUCUAAUAGUCGGAUCUGUUUGAUGGGCCAACGUACUUAGACGAUAUAUCACCAACCAAACACAACAUAGUUAGUCUUUUAUACACCAUUUUGUCAAACAAUUGUUAGAGUAUGUGAAUUCUGUUAUGACUUUCGUCCUGUUAAUUACCAUUUGACAAAAUCGCCAAUCCGAACACUGACUUAUAUUACCUUGUUCUUAUGCUAAACCAAUAACAUGUCAAAACAGCACUAGCAGACUUGUGUCAACUCUGAACUCCUGUUGAUCUUUCUUGCCCAGCACUUUCCGUUGAGUCCAGAAAGUAAUCUCAGCCUCCACUCUAUGAAUAAUAUAUUUCAGACGCACAUGGUUUAUGUACAGGUGAACCAAGCCACGUCUUGCCAUAAAACAAAAAACCAUUAUACAGGACCAAGUUAAGAAGUGGUUGUACCUAAUAAAUUGGGAACGAUUUAGUAAUAGUAAAUCGUACAAUAGUAAUCAACAGGUCAAAUAGAAGUUUAUGACAAAAGAAAUGUAAAUAUAUGUGGUCUAGUUACUUAACAGUUGUGCAAUAGGAAUGCAUAUAUAAUAAGAGUCUGUAAAUAGUUCCUGUAAGUUACCCAUACACUAUUUUUUUCGUAUAUGGCAGUAGCCUUCUGUCUUAUCGCUUUAAUAAACAUGUAACGAUGACGAAAUUCGCUCGGAAGAGAGCUAUGUCUGGCAAUGAUGGUUCAGUCGAGCAAAUUUUCACGAUGCUUAGAAGUGGUAUGACCACGUUCCAUGAGUUGUGUAUAUUUGAAACCUGAUUUACUUGGUGAUCUUAUUAUUGGUUAGAGAGACAGGAAUCAAUUGUAAAAAAUACAUCAAACGAAACAAUAAUUUUGGUCUAUAAAACACCGUUUAGAUACAUGCUUAAUAAUGACAAUUAUGUUAUAUUUCAAGAAGAAGACUUUAGAGUCCUGCAGCUGCGUAACUUUAUAUUUAAAUGCUGUUUGAAAUUUAGUCAAUGACUUCCGGAAGUUGUCUAGCCUUAUGUGAUAAGCAAGCAUUAUAAUUUCCUUUUAUUCAUGGUUGACUAGAAGAGCACUCAAUACUGUUUCAAUCAAUGUUGUAUCUGAAUCGAUUGGUGAACUUUUCCAGUCAGUUGUAUCCUUAGUUCAGUCGCAAAAAUGAAUCAGUGCAUAAAAGCCACUUAAUUAGUUCUCGAGUGUAUGUUCGUUGGUGCGGUCAUGGCACAGAUAGAUUCUGCCGUUUUCGUUGUCGAGUGCUGCCAUGUAAUAUCAGUCAAGUUGUUAGAAUAAGGAAAGGCAUGGUUUUUUUGUGCAGGUGAAUUCAAGUUCUUUCAUGAUUCUCAUCCACAUUUCAUCACUAUUUUAUAUUGUAUAUUAUACUCAUUGAUAUUCGGCUCCUGAUUCUAUUGUCAGUUAUUUGAGCACAGCAUGAAAUUUCUUCUCUUCUAUGUAUAUGAAUAAAAUUUUAGUAUUCCGUUUAUUAUUACUAUGAUUGUAACUUCCUAAUGUUUGUAACAGUUCUAUUUCACGCGUUCAUUGAACUUCUGUUGAUUUGUAAUGUAUCCUAAUUUUGUAUUUCCAUUGUUCUCAUAUCACUUGUUGACAGUCAUUCUUUUUAAUAACUGUCGAUAUUUGCUGUUUAGAUUAUCGCCUGUUAAUAACUUUUUCAUGACUAUCUUAAGAAUCUGUCUAAUUUCGAAUACAUUUGCGUGUACAAAUGCUGUAAACUACCUACAAACGAAAAUUUGUAAACAUUCCAGAUAUAUCUUCGUAGUAAUGGUAAAAAUGUAUGUAUCGAUUCCUCUGUUCCGAACUCCACGAUUUCAUCUGUAACCAAGUCGGUCGCUUAAUUUGUUCGAUCUGUUAAAUAUCCUGUGGAACCACUCUUUUGUUUUACAAAAUUUUCUAUUUUACUGUAAUAAUCUAAGUAUCGCUUCUA